ACCCUUCCUUCUUUAGGGCAACCAUGUAAUCCAAGCUCUGAUGUAGGUUGCUCGCCCAUCCAGCUAUAUAAAGACCACUCACUUCUCCCUCCUCCCACUCCCAUUCUCUCUUCUGAAUAUCUUUAAAACCUGCCUCAGAACUCCUGUCCCAGCAACCCAGCAUCAGAAAAAAAAAGAUGAAGCUACUUCCCUACCUUCUCUUGCUCCCCCUGGGGGCACUGGCAGCACAGGUCCAUGCUGAAAGGGACACGGCGGACAUUUCUCAAGCUGAUGUCGAAGAUUCGAGUGUGAGCUCCAACCAGGAAGCACCACAACCACGUGGUCUUCACACCACUGCUUACUGCAAUGGCGUAAAGAAGAGAUGCCGCUCCUCCAGACAGUGUGGUAGAGGACAGGUAGUAUAUUGUGGCGCGAAGAAGCCUUGUGCCUGUGAUCAGCAACGGGGUUCUCCAACAUAUGGAUACUGCGUCUGUUAGAGGCCUUCAACAGGUUGAUGCGGCUGGUCCUUAAAAAGGUCAUGAUAUGUUGGCAGUGUAUCUACUUGCAGACUAUGAAGCACUGUAGCAGGGAAUUCCGGAAUCUCCGAACAAAGUUUGUUGUUCUGGCAUGAGGCUCAACCCUCUCCUUUAACCAACUUAUACAGCCUGCACUAGUCAAUCUCUUCAUCAUCUUUAGUGAUGUAUUGAUUAGUUUACUACCUUCAUUAUUAACUAUACUAUUGUGCUACCAUG